AUGACCAAUGUCAUGGCGCCGUUGACCCUCUUUGUAAUCAAGGUGACCGCCGCGCAUGGUUUAAGCGAUACCGAGCUUGAGCAAGUCCUCCCAGCGUAUGACGCGGUCGUGGUUCGUUCGGCCAAUCAAAUCACUCGCAACAUGCUAGUCGCGAGUCCCCGGGUCGCGAUAGUAGGGCGUGCGGGGUCUGGGGUGGACAAUAUCGACCUGAAGGCGGCCUCCGAGCUCGGGGUACCUGUUGUGAAUGCUCCCACGGGAAACUCAGGGUCUGUUGCAGAGUUGGUAAUGGGCCUGAUGCUCGGCGUGUCAAGGAGCAUUUCGUCAGCGCGCGACACCACAAGACGCGGGGAAUGGGCUAAGAGCAAUUUCACUGGCCGCACACUCAGCGGAAAGACACUGGGUAUUGUUGGCUUCGGUUCUGUGGGCAUAGCGCUGGCAAGACUGGCUGUGGCUUUCGGCAUGGUGGUAAUGAUAGCAGAAGGGUCGAGUCCGACGCCUUGCUCGGGGAGAGCUGAGGAGAUCGACCCACGCGCAUCCGAGCGGGAGGCUACGGCAAGCCAAGCAGGGGUGACGUUGCCUCCUCUGCCGCUCGACGAACUCUUGUCGAAGAGCGACUUUUUGUCUGUGCACUGCCCGCUGACGGCGGACACGAAAGGUCUGAUUUCUAGACGCGAACUGGCCCUGAUGAAGCCAUCUGCCGUGGUUAUCAAUGCGGCGAGAGGAGGAGUGGUGGACGAAUUAGGUGCGCGAGUGCUAUCUCUGAGUAAUUUUCAUCAACGGCCUUCGGAUCGUGCACCCAGAGAGCUAUGUUCUGUACCUACGUUUCCAACAGGCGUGCUUAAUGUUGUCGCGUUAAUUGCUCCCAGCGCUACUCCAGAGCCUGGAGCAGGGGCAUUUGGGAGGCGCAGCCCUUGA